UGAGGAUGCCUGCCAUAGACGCGGGCGAAACGUCAGGAGAGAAUGCUUCUGGAACAUGGAGAGACAGCAGCCCGGAAAACUCACAGCCUUCGACAACCCAAGGCGGAACCAUUUUACGAGGGAAAUUGUUUCCGGAGGGGGCGCAUAAACUGGCGUACCAUGGCUCAGUGGGGGAACCUUUUACGGGACGGACGGAGCGGGCGGACUCCCCCGAGUGUCGGGCCAUGUUCGCCGGCUUGCAGGAGCUCGGGGUGGCCAACGGGGAAGACUUGAAAGAGACGCUGACCAACUGCACGGAGCCCCUGAAGGCCAUCGAGCAGUUCCAGACCGAGAAUGGCAUCCUGCUGCCCACCCUCCAAUCGGCGCUGCCCUUCCUGGAUCUCCAUGGCACCCCGAGGCUGGAGUUCCACCAGUCCGUCUUCGACGAGCUGCGAGAGAAGCUUCUGGAGAGGAUCUCCGCCAUCGCCUCUGAAGGAAAGGCGGAGGAAAGGUACAAAAAGCUGGAAGAUCUGCUGGAGAAGAGCUUCCCUUUAGUCAAGAUGCCUUCCAUCCAGCCGGUGGUCAUGUGUGUCAUGAAACACCUGCCCAAGGUUCCUGAAAAAAAGCUGAAGUUGGUUAUGGCUGACAAAGACUUGUACAAAGCCUGCGCUGUGGAGGUGAAGCGUCAGAUCUGGCAAGAUAACCAGGCUCUCUUUGGCGACGAAGUCUCCCCAUUGCUGAAGCAGUACAUCCUGGAGAAGGAGACGGCCCUGUUCAGCUGCGACCUCUCCGUCCUGCAUAAUUUUUUCAGUCCCUCGCCCAAGACCCGGCGCCAGGGAGAGGUGGUUCAAAAGCUCACCCAGAUGAUUGGGAAGAAUGUGAAGCUUUAUGACAUGGUGCUGCAGUUCCUGAGGACCCUCUUCCUGCGGACGCGCAAUGUCCAUUACUGCACGCUGCGGGCUGAGCUGCUGAUGUCGCUGCAUGACCUGGAGAUCAGUGAGAUUUGCACGGUGGACCCCUGCCACAAGUUCACCUGGUGCCUGGAUGCCUGCAUUCGGGAGAAGUUCGUUGACAACAAGCGAGCGCGAGAGCUGCAGGGCUUCCUCGACGGAGUGAAGAAAGGCCAAGAGCAAGUGCUGGGGGACUUAUCCAUGAUCUUGUGCGACCCAUUCGCCAUCAAUACCUUGGCGCUGAGCACCAUCCGCCACUUACAGGAGCUGGUGGGGCAGGACAUGUUGCCCAGGGAAAGCCCCGAUCUUUUACUUCUCUUGAGGAUGUUGUCGCUGGGGCAGGGAGCCUGGGACAUGAUUGACAGCCAGAUCUUCAAGGAACCCAAAAUGGAAGUGGACUUGAUCACCAAGUUCUUGCCCUUGCUGAUGUCCUUUGUGGUGGAUGAUUACACGUUCACUGUUGAUCAGAAGCUGCCUUCAGAAGACAAAGGCCCAGCACCUUAUCCCACCGCCAUCCCAGAGAUGUUUCCGAAAUUUCUGCAGGAGCACCGCAUUGCCUGCGAGAUUGGCCUUUACUAUGUGCUCCAUAUCACUAAAUUGAGGAACAAGAACGCUUUUCUUCGGCUGCUUCCAGCUUUGGUGGAGACUUUCAAUGACCUGGCCUUUGGUGACAUUUUCCUGCACUUGCUCACUGGGAACCUCACCCUCCUGGCGGAUGAAUUCGGGCAAGAGGAGUUCUGCACCAGCCUCUUUGACAACGUCUUCCUCCCCGCCUGUUCAAGGAAAGAGAAUGUGCACAGGCACAUGCUGAGGCUGCUGCUUCACCUCCACCACAAAGUGGUUCCUGCCAAGCUGGAGUCCCUGCAAAAAUCCCUAGAGCCCACCAAGCAGAGCGGUGAAGCAGUGAAGGAGCUGUACAACCAACUAAAUGAGAAACUUGAACUCCGAAAGCCCAGCCCAGCCCAAACAGCUGAGGCUCCUUCCAUGGACUUGUCCUUGCCAACAGUCCCCACCCCGGCCUCACUUUAGGCCUGAACAAAGGUGGUUUCCUCCCACCGUCAACAAGAGGUCGGAUGCUCACCAUGUUCUGUCCAGAAAUGUGGAACCCUUCAGCGUCGCUUGGACUGUGUUUGUUUGAAGCACUGCGCUGGUCUUUCCAAAAUGCCGAUGUACUGCAGCUCCCAUGGUCCUGGAACCAGUGGGAUUUGCAGUACAGGAACUUCUGCAAGGCCACACACGGUCCCCACUUCCGAACUAGAAGAUAAUAUUGCAGUCAAUGUUACAUCAAUGACCUCUACCUGGGAUUUGGGCUCAAGGAAUGAAAAGAAGACCAGAUCAAGUUUUUCUAAAAUAUAAACAUAAUGUUG